AACCCCCACAUUCAAACUCGCAUCUCAAGUUCUGAACCACACAGCGAAUUCCAAGUCACUAGCCAUGGAGCUCGUUUCCUGCAUAAUCACGUGCCUCUCACUCGCCUUUCUCCUCCCUUCCUACACCACCGCGACAGCGCCAACCGGCAUGAUAGAGCGCGAAACCAAGCAGCAGAUUCUCGCGAGCAUCCCGCCGCACUGGCAGGAGAACCCCGUUCUGUUCCUGACGUCGCCGUCUGGUAAGUACGCGGCGUACUUCAUGCGCAGCCAGACCGUGCCGGGCGCGGGCGGCCUCGGCGCCGACUUCUGCUACGUGGAGGUGCUCGACACCACGGAGCCAGGCGCGGAAGGCCGGAGCGUGUGGGAGUCGGAGUGCCUGGCGGUGAGCACCGUGAACACAUGCGCGCUCGUGUUCUCGUGGAAAGGACUCGAGGUGUUCGACGGGAGCAACUCCGUGUGGCACACCCACGACACGGAGUCAGACGACAACAACUUCCUCAAAACCCUGCAGCUGGCGGACGAGGGUGACAUGCGCGUCCUCGACAAGGGCGGCGAGCUGGCGUGGAAGGCCAGCGACGAGCCGCGCGCGGCGCAGCACUGCGGGCUGCCCGGCUCGCCCGGCCUGGCCCCGGCAAUGCCGCCGUUCGCGGAGCCCGUAGGACAGGGGAGCAGCAACCUGCCAUUCGGACAGGAACAAGGAGGCAACGGGAACGGCUACAAUGGGGUUGCACAGCCCGAGCUGCCGUUGGCCCCGCUGCCGGAAGCUGCAGGGCUCGGUGGUGUCGCCGCGCAGGGGCAGGUUGUGGGGGAGACGAUUGGAUUUGGAAGCCAGCCGUUGGUGGACAACAGCCCAUAUGACAGUGGUGCGCCGAAGCAUCGAUCCAGCUUGCUUGGGAUUGGACUUGCUUGGGGUCUCAGCGUUGCCAUUGCGUGCUUGGGCCUCUGAAUUUGGUACUUCCACUCGUGCCGCGUGACGAUAUUGGUGAUUUCUUGAAUUGGUUUUUAGUUAUUAUUUCUGGCGCAAUAAGCCAGAAAAUGCGUGGUAUUUGUGUGUUUGAACUUCGGAGUGGUGUGUUUUUCCUGGUUUCUACACUUCUGAUGGGGUUGUAUUAUACAUUCAUGUUUGGAAUCACAAGAUGUAAUUGUUUCACCAUUCAAAUUGUUUUGUAAGAUUAUCUUUUGUAUAGUUUCAAAAAAUGUCCAACAUCUGCUAA